AUGGCAGUGCUGCCCGCCCAACGGUUGGCAGGUGCCUCUGCUGCUGUUGCAUGCCGGCUGCGACUGGCCGGCGCCAGCGCCUUGGCGGAGGCGGCAACGAGCAAGCAGUCCUUCAUGCGCCACCAACCGAAGCCGAAUAGUACUCCAGAGCCGUACCCGCACUUGGCUUGCACGGUGUGGGUCGCGACAGAAGCCUCAAAGUUCACGACGGUGUCAAAUGAGGCGUCGCUCUGGAUGGCGCCGGAUGGCUACCUCUCGAAGCUGACACUAUGCCCCGUGCCCUCUGAGAGCAAGGAGCGCGGCGUGCGACAAUCGCGACCGAUAAGCUCGGAGCAGGCGAGGCCGGCGGCGGGGCACUCCUCCAUGGGGGAGAGUAGUGGCCAGGCGGGCCCGGGGCCGGACGAGCUCCCGCCGGCCGCGCGCGAGAUUCAAUGGCAUCAGGUGCGAGGCAUCAAGGCGCUGGAGCGGAGGUUCGAAAUUACCUUGAAGCUCGUCGGCAGCGGACGGUUCAUCACUCUUCGGCUGCUUGAGCGCGCAACUGUGGCGACACUGCGGCACGCGAGGCGCGCCGAUUUCGAGCGGUGGCUGCGUGCGGUGCGGAGCUGGGAGGACGAGAUCCUUGUGCAGGGCACGCUCGCGCGGGCGGUGCAGGGGCUCCUGGGCACCUCCAGCACGCGGCGUCACUUCUUCCGACUGCGCUGGACCGCCGACCUCAACGCGCUGGUCCUGUCUUAUACGGAGGAGUUUCCGACAGAGACGUCGGCGUGGAGGACGGUGGAGUGGUCGGAGCGGGCCAGCGCGAGCGAGGGUGCACUCUUUGCAGAGCGGCGUGCCAAACUCAAUUAUGGCGGGAAAAGGGAUCUGCAUCACCUCGGUGGCUUCAGCUUUGAUCUUGACAUUGACGGCAUCUCGCCGGGAGUCUGGCGCUGGAUGCUGACCAACCUCACCGUGCACUCGGUGAUCGAUGUAGGUUGUGGGAUUGGCACGUCCGCAGCGUGGUUCAAGCUACAUGGGGCGCGGACGCGCUGCGUCGAGGGCUCCAGGGACGCGACGAGCAACUCUUUGCUGCCUCCAGCGCUGCUCGUCGAGCACGACUUCACCCGUGGCCCCUGGUGGCCCGGCGAAACCUAUGAUGUCGCCUGGGCGGUCGAAUUUCUCGAGCACGUGGGCCGCCAGUACAUCAAUAACUACAUGCCCAUCCUCCAGAAAGCGGCGUACCUCUUUGUAACGCACUCAACGUGGGGCGGCUGGCACCACGUCGAAGUGCAUCACUCCUCCUGGUGGCGGCAAAAGUUCGAGGCGCACGGCUUCGUGUACCAGUCCGAGCUUACCCGCACGGCGCGGGCGAUCGCCUCGAGCUCGACGGAUGCCAAACCGCAGCUGCCCAGCGGCAAACCCUACCGGGCGCAGCACCUAACGCUGCACCUUCUCGUGUUUGUCAACCCACGCGUCGCGUCGUUGCAAGCGCACGCACACCUUCUCGGUGGCUUCCCCGACCUCGGCUGCAUCUCCCGCAAGGACAGGUUCGGAGCCUCCACCCUCCCGUGCUCUGGAGCCGACGAGCUGCCGCCCGAGUUCAGGCCGCUGCAGCUCACAACCGAGCAGGACGCGCAGUGGAUCCGGCUAUUGGAGCGUGUGGAUGUGCGCGGCCAGUCCGUGGCAAGUCAACCCGACGGUGACCCGACCCGGUAG